AUUUGUAGCUCCGGGAAUCAAGGAAUGAAGGAAAGAGGACAAGAGAAGAGUACCCCUUUCUCCGAUGAUUUAAUCUUCGGAAUAUUUUUCAGAUUACCGGUUAAAUCACUCUUGAGAUUCAUGUGCUUAUCCAAUUCUUGGUCUAAGGUCAUAGCCGAUUCUCAAUUCUUUGCACUUCAGCUUCACCAUUCCAAGCAAUCCAACAAAGAGUUUCUGCUUCAGAUUAGCGAAAAUCCUCUAAAAUUGCAAUCAAUCUCUUCCUGUCCCAACGGAUUACACCUUAAACCGGAGAUAUUAGAGCCACAAAGUACCUCUCUUUAUGGUCGAAAGUGGAGCAUCGUCGGUUCCUACAAUGGAGUCCUCUGUCUCUGGAACUCUACCACUCCUCAGCCCUGUCGCCAACUUGCUUUCCUAAACCCUUCCAUUAAAAAGCUCAAGCUGCUCCCUUUAUCCCCUGCAUGUCUCCCCACAUAUCAUCAUCAUCCAUCUGUAACUGUUGAAGUCGAAUUCGGGUUCGGUUACGAUUCCUCCACUAAUGAUUUCAAAGUCGUCAGAAUUCUUUAUGAAUCUCAGCAUUGGAGAUGGAAACAAGUUCAUGUUUACUCUCUGAAGAAUAAUUUAUGGACGACCCUUACCAAUCUCGCCAAUCCUCUACCUUCUUACCAUUUAUUGUACCCGAGAGCAGUUGUUAAUGGAGCUUUUACUUGCCUUGCAAGCAAAGUCUCUCCUGGUUUUUUGAUCCUGUCGUUUAAUUUCGAUAAUGAGACUUUUGAAGAGAAUAAAUUGCCAGAUUAUUUCCAUGGACUUACAUCAAAACAUUACGACAUUGUUGGCAUGAUGGAAGUGAAGGGAAGACUAUCAUUGUUGUUUGAGUUCCCAAAAUUAAGCCACUUUGCAUAUUUUGAAAAGAUGGCUAAAUUGGAGUUGUGGAUGAUGGUGCAGAAAUCUGUUUGGGCAAAACACCUUGUUUUCCAUUGGACACUUCAUCCUAUCCACCACUGGAUAGUCAUGAAUGAUCCAGAAAUGUUACUGUUAACGCAGACCCAUUUUCUUUCUAAUUAUAAUGUUGAAACCCUAACAACCAGUGACUUUGGAGUUGUCGACUUUGCAUACCCAUUACAUGUUGCUGCUGCUGCUGCUGCUCCCUACACACCGAGCUUGGCCUUACUCGGGGAUCCAGGGGCCUCUGAAUGGAAUGAAGUAUAAAAUGUAAGUAUAUGUUUAUCAUGAACCUUUACAAGUCAUGUUAAAUUAAUUUUGGUAUCUCCAACAGUGAUAAGCAUAUAGCUCUGAAUGAUUUGGGUACAAAUUUAGCAUAUGCAGUCCAUAUUCAGCACUCAAGAAGGAUUUGGGUUGAAAUUUUGAUCUUUUUUCAUCUUUGGCUAAAUUUGACUUUUAGGAUUUCUGGCUGGGCCAAGUGCUUCUGUUAUUUCAUUUUCUGUUCUUUCAGCUAUUUAGGUCAAAUGAAAAAAAAGUCACAGU